AUGGAGAAGUCUCAAGCAACUAAUAAAUCAAAGAACAAGAUUUUAUGGUUUCUACCAAAAGCAGCAGUUUCAUUUCAAAACCCUAUUUUCAGCCCUGGUAAAGACAAGAGAAUAUCAGAUGGAACGAAUGCUAAGAAAGGUAAAAUCCAUUUCAACAGAGGGUCUUCCGGCCUGAUUAUGUCUAUAAUUCCAGCUGAAGCUCGAACAGGGAAAUCAAAGAACACACAAGAGCCAACAUCACCAAAGAUUUCAUGCAUGGGACAAAUCAAGCACAAGAAGCAGCUAUGUAGAAACAAGUGUGUUUCCUUGGCUAAAGAAAUCGAGCCCAGAAUCAAGCUCAUCGGGCCUCCGCCGGAGCUAAAGAAGAAACCAUCAACGGUUUUGAAUAUCUUGAGCAGUACUGUUAAGCCCGAAAGAAGAAAAUCCGAUGUAUCAGUGGAUCAGUGUAAUAAAUCGUCUCUACUCGAUCGGGCUUCGACUAUAAGCCAGAUGAAGCGGUUUUCCAGCACUCGAGAUUCUCAUACACUGGUGAAUUUUGAUUGGAGAACUGCACAGAUUGCACUGGAGGAACGAGAAUACUAUUCAGAGGGAGAAGAAUAUGAAGAAAUUAUUCCUCUUUCGGCUCCACCAUUGGUCGCCGGAUGUGGUCUCGGCGGCGGAGGGGUGGCUGUCGAGCCAAGGAAGGAAAUUAAUUUGUGGAGGAGAAGAGCCAUGGCUCAACCUAAGCCUCUCCAGCUAAACAUGAUUAGAGCUCAUUAA